CUCUUUCAGCCUCCUUCUCCUCGCUCUCUCUCUCUAACUCUCCUCGACCAGCUAGCUACUAUAUUGCUGAUCAAGAGCUCGAUCUCAAGCAGAAGCAGAAGCUAGCGUGUGCAGCUGCUGCAGGUUUGAUCGAUCGAUGGAGAACUUCCCGAUACUCUUUGCGACGCAGCCGUCGUCGUCUACCUCCAGCUCCUACCACUUCAUGAGCUCUUCCGCGGGCACGGGCGGCGGCCAUGACCACCGCCACCACCAUGGACUACAGGCAGGCGGCAACGGCGGCGGUGGAACCUCCCUGGGCCAUGGCUUGUUCAUGGGGUCCUCGUCGUCGCUGUCCAACUCCAAGGACGACGUGGACGGCGGCGGCGGCGGCCAGGAGGAGUUGUCUGCCGGAGUCGACGCAGCGGGUGACGGCGACAGGCUGCAGGGCGGCGCCGUCGCCGGAGCAGCAGGGAGGAAGAACGGGGAGAAGAAGGAGCGGCGGCCGCGGUUCGCGUUCCAGACGCGCAGCCAGGUCGACAUCCUCGACGACGGCUACCGGUGGAGGAAGUACGGCCAGAAGGCCGUCAAGAACAACAAGUUCCCAAGGAGCUACUACCGGUGCACGCACCAAGGGUGCAACGUGAAGAAGCAGGUGCAGCGGCUGUCGCGGGACGAGGCGGUGGUGGUGACCACGUACGAGGGCACGCACACGCACCCCAUCGAGAAGUCCAACGACAACUUCGAGCACAUCCUCACCCAGAUGCACAUCUACUCCUCCACCGCCUCCUCCGCCUCACCUCAUCCUCUCUUCCUCCCUUCCUCUUCAUCCUCACCUGCUGCUGCUGCUCAUUCCACACACCUCUUCCAGUAGCUGCUUCAGUUCUCUCUCUCGAUUAAUUAGCAGAUAUUCGUCAUAUCAUACGCAACAACAGAUGUAUUUCACAUGUACAUGAUCAAUGCAUGCCAAAUGCCAAUCUUCUCAUGUGUAUAUGCAGUGCAUGCAUAUAUCCAUGGGUGGAAAUUUAGAAAGGAAUUAAGAGGCUUUGUUAAUUUUGUACAUUAACCUUAGAGAUCGAUGAGGUGCAGUACGUGCUGUAAGAGAAAACUAGCUAGUGAAUAAUAAUAAUAAUAAUAAUAAGCAUGAUAUA